CCUUCGACACUGAGCUCAGCUCGUAGCAAAGCACAAGCUCCUCGACUCACAGCACCACCGCACAAGCACCACCACCGAGAUGGCCAGCCAGCUGACCCGGUCGCCCUCGAGCACCAUCGACGACAGCGACGCCAUGUCCACGACGUCGUCGUCGAGCAGCGCGAACCCGAAGGACGACGAGGUCUGGGACUCGGCGACGUCGGUGCUCGUGACCGGCGGCGCGGGCUUCGUGGGCAGCCACGUCGCCGAGGCGCUCCUCGCCCGCGGCGAGCGCGUCGUCGUCGUCGACGAGGUCAACGACUACUACGACGUGAGCCGCAAGGAGGCGAAUCUGGACGUGCUCCGCCGCGCGGGCGGCGACAACGUAAGAAUCUUCCGCGGCGACAUCUGCGACGUCGCCUUCCUCGAGCAGGUCUUCGAGACCUGCCCCAUGCCCCGGCGCGUCGUCCACAUGGCCGCGCGCGCCGGCGUGCGGCCGUCCAUCGACGACCCCUUUGUGUACGUCCACAGCAACGUCCACGGCACGACGCGGCUCCUCGAGCUCGCGGCGAAGCACGGCAGCGACUCCUUCGUCUUCGCGUCGUCGUCCUCCGUCUACGGCGGCUCGAAGAAGGCCCUCUUCUCCGAGACGGACGCCGUGGACCUGCCCGUGUCGCCGUACGCGGCGACGAAAAAGGCGUGCGAGCUCCUCGCGUACACGUACCACCACCUCUACAAGAUGAACAUCGCGGGGUUGCGCUUCUUCACGGUCUUCGGCCCCCGCGGCCGCCCGGACAUGGCGCCCCUCAAGUUCGUCGACAAGAUCUCGCGCGGCGAGCCCAUCGACCGCUUCGGCGACGGCAGUAGCAGCCGCGACUACACGUACGUCGACGACGUCGUCGACGGCGUCCUCAAGGCGCUGGACCGGCCCCUCGGCUACCAGAUCUACAACCUGGGCAACGGCUCGCCGACGCGCCUCAACGACUUCAUCAAGCUCGUCGAGAAGUACACGGGCAAAAACGCCGUCAUCCGCCAGAAGCCCGACCAGCCGGGCGACGUGCCCCGCACCUGCGCCGACAUCUCCAAGGCGAAGACGCUCCUCGACUAUGACCCCCAGACGCCCUUCCCGGAGGGCAUCCGCAAGCUCGUCGAGUGGUACCAGUCCGCGGAGGCCGCGGCCGCCAAGUAGCCCGCGGCGGCCGUCGCCCGCGACGGGCGCGCCCCGCACCCAGACCCCUCCGUAUCUGCAUAAGUUCCCUUUUGCUGC